UUGGCUCGCCGCUCAGUCAGACUCCGAAGUGCGCGGCGCGAGGAUGCGAGCAUCGUGACGUCGGACGCGCGCAUUUGUACGUCGAAAUUCGCGUAAGCUCGCUCCUUCCUUCCUUCUUUCCUUCCUUUCUUCCUUCCUUCCUUCCUUCCUUCUUCCUUCCUGGCUUCCUGGCCCCCUCCUGCGUGCCGCGACGGUUCUCGUGUUUUGCGACGUCGGGUUGUGCAGCGGCGUCACAACGUGAGUGUGCCAACGUGACCACCGCUCGUGAGACAAGCACCGCCUGACGUGCCGUCGUCGCGGGGUGUUCACGUGUGUUUCCACCCUGGUCGUGGUCCAGUCGGCCGGCCGAGAACAGACAGAGAGGAUGAGACUCCAGCGGAUGUUGCUCGUCGUCGUCUACCUGCUGCGCUGUCACGUCGCCCGCUCGAUAGCCGCACCGGCAAGAGCGACGAGUCAGGUUCUCCUGGGCGAAGUCGAUAUUACGCUUCGGGACGACAGCGACAGCGACGUCACGACGGAAGAGCCGUUUCCUAAAAAGUGCAUCGUAGACGGGAACGCCUAUUCUCACAGCCAAACGAUACCAUCUUACGACACGAAUUCGCAUUGCCUGUGCGUGGCCGGCGAGGUUUACUGUUGGUGGCAGAAUUAUAAUCCGAGCACCGUGCCGUCGCUCGGCCCGUCUUCCCUGCAAUCGACCACGGUGGAGAGUAAUUACACACCGUCGCUGGAAGCGAGCACGGACAUUGCGGACGGCUUCGAAGCAUCCGGGGAUCCUGCAGCGGCGAACUCGUUGAUCGGCCAGCAAGGUCACGUGGAGAUUAACGCAACUUCGGCGACCGCGACACCUUCCGCGCCGACUACUUGCCUCGUCAUGGGGAGGGAGUAUCGACAGGGUGAGACUCUGCCGCAUUCGACCGGGAACUGCGUGGAGUGCAGCUGCGGCUCCGAAGGGCGCGUCGAAUGCUCGCCGAGGGACUGCGUGGCGCUACGGCCCGAAAUUUUGGUCGCACCGGACAUACCCGAGGCACCGGACGGCGACUUCGAAGUUUUCAACUUGGCGCGGGAUCGGGGCAUCGACGAGAGUUUCUAGAGUUUCGGGGAUAACGACGAGCGUCGUCGCCGAACCGCGCGCGCAUAACUCCCUUCGCCUUUAACUACCGUCGUUCACGUCGGCGUGAGCCGCCGACCAAUAAGAGGCGGUUGUUUAAUUAGAUCGGCUCUCGAAGGCGGUUUAAAGGAUGCCAGAUAAAAUUGAUUCCUGACAGAAGGCGGAGGUGGACGCGCGCCCGCGCGUCUACCUUGCGAAGAAUAUUGGAUGUUCAGCGACUACCGAGCGACGAGGAAACAAAUCCAAAGCUACAUAAUUGACCCGCAGUUCUAGUCUGGUGAUUUCAUGGUGAUGAUUUCAUGGACGACCGAGUGAAAUCCCCAUCGAGAGCCGUCUAAUUUAAGGUCUAUAUAUAUAUAUAUAUAUAUGUAACGUUCACCUUGACUGUGUAACCCCUCAUAUUUAAAUUACAAAGUGAUUUAAGUAUGAUGUCAUAUACUCGUAGAAUUUACGCUCAGCGUUUUUCUGUGUUAUUGUUACAUAGUCGAAGAUUACCCUCCCUCCUUUCACUUUUCUAACGUAGAGAAGAAUCGCCCUCGCCCUUCCUCGCCCUUCUGUCUCCCCCUCUCUCGAUUGUGCGGACGUGCCUUCAGUCUCUCGUCCCACGUCGUGGACGUACUCAAUCAAAAACGGCGUCGAAGGCAUAGUCCCCGCGUAGAACGCCUAGCGUAGAUCUUUUUCUAUAAAGUCCUUGCGCGACACGGGUCGUCUUGGCCAGCGCUGGUGCGACCGGCGCGGCGCCGCCCGAGACGAUCGUUUCCGCUGGAACGAGGUGAGAACGAGGAGCCAGUUCGGCCGAACGUUUUUUUUAUGUAGAUGGCCUCAUUGAUAGUUUUCUCGAGUGCGCUAGAGUCGAUUAGAGAUUGACUAUCUCCUCCGCCUAGAAUGCCGAUGAUUUAGUAAUAUUCGCUCUCGCCUGUUUUCGCGAUUUCUCGGGGAACCGACUCCCAGUGUCUUUCUGUGUAAAUAUUGCGUGCGAUUGCUUCCCAUUGCGAUAACGACCCACCUCACUCGGUUUCUCGACCUGUAGAUACGUCUCGUAGUUUUUUUAGCGAUUUACCGGAGAGGUAUAGAAGUGCAUGUAUCGUGUAGAAGAACCGCGGAGAACACAUUCGCCGCGCGGACUCGACGAGAGAAUGUUUUUGUAGACGUCGGCCUAUAACCUACGAAUUAACUAAUCUCGCGCGCGCAUAGUGCGUAAAUCGGCUCGGGCUCUCAUUCGCGGGCCGGCACUUGCGACGAGAAACGAUAUUAUUGAGCUUAGUUGUUAUAUUAGUCGUUACCGCGAGACAAUUGGUCUCGUGAGACUCGAUAAUACUCUCUUCGUCAUAUCUCUGUCAUAUCCUAGUCGAUCCGUACUCGUAUCCUAGUCACGAUCGUAUAAUUUAACUCGCCUCGCCGUGUUUAAUCCUCUUCGGACCGCAGUUUCCUUUUCCAUUGAAUAAGAUUCUCUCCGCGGCGCUGUGCAGCCUGUUUGUCACAUACUGCUGCUGCUGCUGCUGCUGAUCACAUGCAACAUGAUCGUGUCGAGUCUUGAUAAAAAGAAAAAGUUCAAGCGCUGGAAUAUUUUUUGCACGAAUCAAGGAACCAAACUUUCGCGCGUUUUAUAGACCCGCGCGGAGUUUCUAACAAAAGUGCAGCGCAUACACAAUUGAAAGUUGGUGAUUUUUAAGAAAAGGUCCGAUGAAAGGAUUAGAUACGCAAACUGUACGACUAUAUAGCCAUGUUAUAUACCCUUAUACACAUAUAUGCGAUCGAAUAACGCCAACGAAUAUCGAGAAACCCCCUAGUGACAGUAGAUGACCCGAUAAACGAGCGAUAGAAAUAUUUGCAGGAUUUACAGCCGUGUGUAAAUCCUUUCCUUCAUGUACCGUGCUAUUUAACGACGAGGAUCUGUUACAUACGAGGAUCAAGUACACCGUUGACCCGUAUUUUCGUCGCGUAUUAAGCUCGAAGCGUGAACGUUGUCCAGUCGAAUCACACUGGUUUUAUGCGAAUCUCGUGUUUUGUGUGAAAAAACAAAUAUUCGGCGUCGCAACCACGACCGCGCGUCUGGCGCACUGAAUACGCGGCGAAUUUACGAAGUCGAGAUGUGGAAUUAUUGUAUUGUCAGAAAGAAGAAAACUAACGAAUCCCCCGACGCAUUCGAAUGGAUAUGCACUAUAUUAUAUAUAUUAUAUAUUCAUAUACAUACAUAUAUCAUAUAUAAUAUACACAACACACACACACACACACACAUAUAUAUACACGCACAUACACACGUAUUAUAUAGGAUACCUGAGAAAGCAAGUAUUAAGAGGCAACGUUGCAUGUAACCCGCGUACGGUAAAGUGGAAUUAGGAGUAACUGAACGAAACCAGUUUUAUAUAGGCAAGAACCAACCAUAGUCGUUUACUUUUAUAGUCGCACACGCGUACAAAAGUCACAGACGCAUACACACACACACACACACACACACACAUACAUGUACCCCGCGUUCGGUUUUUUGUAAAUUGUCCCUUAGCGUUUCGGAGAUCGUGUGCACAUGUACUUCCUGCGGACUCGCGGUUGCGCGAGCGUCCGGGCAUCACUUUUGUAAUCGUAUAGGUGACAGCGACGCGGUGAUUUGUAAGCGACUUUGUUAAGCAGAUGAAGAAUCGUAUUUCCAGAGUAUUUUAUCAUAUCGGGAAGAGGAAAAAAGAGAAAAAUUAUUCCCCGACACGAGGUAGUCGUAACGAGAUAAGUUUAGCGUCUCCCGUUUGUGCGUAGGGAACCACGACCACUGUGCGAGAAAGUGACGUCGACGGGACUGUAGUAGUUGUACACUUUUACGGCGACGACGACGACGACGACGACGACGGUGAAAUCGAUCGUUUAUAGAUAGUCGCGUAGAUAGGUAGUCUCCAAUGUGAUAUAUACAUCCCGAGGAUAACUUUGUCUAACGAUUUACAACUUUAGGUCGGCGAGUUUGAUCUUUUUGCCUAAGCUGACGGAACGUGUCUGGUACCGCGACUCAUUUCACUACAAAGGGAUAUCAUGUUCGCGCGAUAGAUCGCUCACUCGUUAUUCCCGAGGAUAAAGGAACGAAGAAUUAGGUCUCCAUCUGCUGUCUCGUAGGAAUUUGUCUCAAAAAGAAUCGGUGACUCUGUGAAUCUAUCCUUCUCUCCCUUUCCGUGAUCCACGGUGAGACACGAGUCGAAGUAGGUCGGACGAAUUUUCGCAGAGAGUAAAAAAAAAAACUGCGUAUAUACUUGUCUCGUAUUCGGGAAUUGAUUUUAAACCUCUCCAGACUCUAAUCGUAAUUCUUGAGCGAUACACUUUUGCCAUUCUCGGUCGUCCCUUGCGAGAAUCAAAAUUAAUAGCUAAGGGUAGAGAACGCAAGAUGCGGCCUUCUAUUCGCCUGUCUCCCUUGCGGCGAACAUUGGUAUAACGUGACAUAUCAGUUUCAUCUACUUGUUCUUUCGAUUAGCGCGCAGUUUCUACAAGCGGCAUAUAUCGAUAACGUACGCUGGAUUGUUACGAGGAAGGAAUGAGGAAGGAACGGUCGGCACCGAAAAAUCGCGCCGUCGACGUAUCGCGGAGUCUCACGGAAGUGAUAUUUUUGAAUACCCCUCUUUACAAGGAAUUAGUUGUGGGAAUUAGUUGGUAGAACACCCCCCCCUUCCCACCCACCCACCCACCAGCACCAAUUACGGACAAUCCAUAUUCGUCGAGUCGACCACGAGUAGAACACCCUUCCCCCCCUUAGCGGACUCGUAAGAUUUUUUAGAGAAUUCGUUGUAAGAAGUUGAAGGUGGCACAUCAACGGGACCAUCUCGAUGGAAAUGAGCGGAUCAUCCGUUAUUGCUUUCGUUCGCGCACCUAAGUAACGAUCUCGUACGUCUUCCAGUCAUCUCCACGCGCAAUUGUGUCUAUAUUGUAUUCCUGGGAUUACAUGUCUUCACGAAAGAGUUGUACUCUGAAUAAACAAGGAUCUCACGAUUCGCGAUGGCUGUUCGUACUUCAUCACCGUCUCCAUGCCCAUCCUUUAUUCUAU